GCUAAAGGUUAACCAAUCCGAAAUACCACAGAGAAUAUGUAAAUCAAUACAGAACUAUGAAACUUGGAGCCAAAACGGUACAAAUAUCACAUAUAAAAACGCGUCCAGAGUGCAAAUUAGUCAUUCAUUCCGAGAACUAAGACGGAACUGCCAGAGAAUAGUUUGAUUGAGAAAUGACAUGGAUAUGGAGCGCUUGGUUAUUGUUUUAAUUCUGACAUUUUGGGUUAUCGUUGAUGCAUAUACAGGUGAAGCUGACUUUGACUAUACUUUAUGUAGAUGGUAUAACUCCAGGUGUAUACAGACCGACAAACUGGAAAACAUUUACUCUGAAAGACAUAAAACAAAACUUAGUGACUGGCCCCCAGGACCAUAUGCCCUUCUCACACCAAGUGAAGGGUGUCCAGAAUUAGGCGAAAUGGGUUGGAGACGCGGGUAUCUUUCCUUUAUUUGGAAACACCCACAAACACUCACAUUGGUUUCUGAUUGUAAGAUCAACAACAAAAGCAAUCAUUCUGAUGAUGAGAAAUGGCAACAUGCAGGAAAUGCAAGCAACAGUCACAGCUGCUUGCGCAGUUUAACAUCAGAUAAGUGGCCUCAUCCCCAAAGUCAUUUGCUGGGACCAUUUAAUAUGUACGAAUGGAGAUUGAAUUUCUGCUUCAAACCUAGGAACAAGUCAAUAAAUGAAAAUCAGAAUGUAUGGCCAUCUGGAUCUUACAGCAUUUUUGGUGACGCCAAUAGCUGCCCGUCAGGAUUUACAACUUCCGAAAGGAAAAUAAAGCUUCCCGCCAUUACUGCGUGGAAAUCAAACGGCCAUCUUCCGAGUUUCUCGAUAAAAACAGAAGAAACAGAUAACUCUGUAUUGCUCGUCUUGAAGAUGUGUGAGCGCCAAAUUGUUGAAAAUGAGACUAAUGGAUUUAAUGUCUCUGGCACAUUCAUUCUAAUAAAGAAUACAGAUAAUUCGUCAUGUCCACAAAUAGACGACAUGAAUGCGGAAGCUGAAGCAUUGCAACUUCAUACUGAGAUCAACGACAGUGUUGAAAUAACGAAUUUAUUUCACAUUUGUUAUUUUCGUCCAGAAACGCUGCUAACAGACUUAGACAAUUAUCUGUACAUGCCAAAGAACUCUCUGCCCAAAAUCGUUAAAACAGAUUUUUCACUUUUAAACCCAACAUUGAUUUAUGGAAAUAGAACUUCUCCGAGAGUGAGCAACACGUUGAAUAACGACUUUAGUAGAUUGACGUUGCCUCAGAAUUACGAAGAAACGACGACACCACGGUUACUUGUAGAUUUUGGUAGGCAUCUUAUCGUUGUGGGAUUGCAGUUCAAAGACCAUUUUCUAACUGAAAGCGAGACAAGCAGAUAUUCCGGUUCUUUGGAUAGAACACUUCACGGAUACGUAUGUCAAAGAUGGGAUGAACAGGAACCGCACAGUCAUAAUUUUACUUACGAAGAGCAGUAUCCGGACAAGACGGUGUCGGAUGCAGAAAACCACUGCAGAGAUCCCAGCGUAGUUGGCAAGAUUUGGUGUUAUACAGAUUCUCCUAAUCAAAGAUGGGAUUAUUGUGCUGAGGAAGUUUACAAUUUCAAAGAAGAGGACAGACCAUUUUCGCAGUGCUAUAUCAGUGGGGAUCGGUGGAGAAUAGAUGAGUUCGGAGGAAUUUCGUGUCGGUACACUGUAUCGUAUAAAGAUGGCCUUUUGUACUUGCAAUUUCUAAGAAAUUAUGAAGGUCGUUAUGUUAAACUUGUUGGUAAAGACGAUAUUGAAAAUUCACAGUUUUAUAGUUCUACGAUAAACGUCCAAGUGUUGACAUCAGAUCGCAUUUUAUAUGAUGAAAUGAAAUGCAACACCGACCUUGGAAUGGGUGAUGGAAGUAUUCUGGACCAUCAAAUAACAGCUUCGUCAUGGCAGUCACAGUCUCCACCCACUUCCGGUAGACCAUUCUCUUCCGGCUGGUGCGCAAAGACAUCGGACACAAAUCCAUAUAUAUCAGUUGACUUGAUGUCUGAUACGAUAGUAGAAGGUAUUACAUUCUUUAACUGGGAAUUGGCAGACAAACACAUUGUCGAUGGUAUAUACACAAAGAAAUUCAUGAUAGCUGGAAGCAAAAAGGUCCAGAUUCAUUACAGUACUGAAAAUAACACGAUACAAACGAACAUGACUUACAACUUUGACAUGUUCUUGCCAACAGAAAAACCACAGACUUACUACCACAGUUCAAUACUGACCAGAUAUAUAGCAGUAUAUAUCAUGGAGUCAAUGACACCAUCUUCUAAGUGCCUUCGCUUUGAACUUCAUGGUUGCAAACGACACGCUCUUCCGGAUCGAGUUGCAACCGAACGGACGUUAGCAGCUACACGUUUAUCUGGUGAAGAAUCCAUCUCGUUUGGCAAUUUGAAAAUCUUGAAAGAAAAUUCUGUGAUAAAUAGCAUUGCCUACCCAACACAUUAUUCAGGGGGACUAUCCUACUCUUGGAUAGUAUAUUUUCCAAAAGGCAAAUAUAUUCAAUUCAUUUUCACGGACAUGUCAUUGAACAUAUAUCAACCAAGUGUGUGGAACCAGUGCCAUGAUAAGCUGAGCUUUUUACCAACAUACACAGAGGAUAGCUUAUAUUUAGAUGAACAGUUUAACGGCUUGGUAUUUUUGGUAGAAACAAACUUGACGUAUCUGACCCUGACAUUUACAACGUGCAGACCAGUUAUGCAAAUGAAAAGUGUUGGAAGUGGUUUUGAAGCGAUUGUUAGAUCUAAAGGGAUACCAACAUGCUUCUCUGCAAGACGAAACACGGAGAAGCUAGUCCACAAUUAUUGCAGCCAACCAACUAUGUUCCUAACAUCUCUGUCACGGCUUAACUUUCCCGUUUCAAAUGCAGCGGAGCAAUGGACCAUUCAUGUCAAGAAAUUUUCUAUACAUCUGAAAAUACUCUACUUCAGUGUGAGAUGUGACUCAGGUUCUUCACUGACAAUCACUGAUAGAUUUUCUGGAGGUAGUACGUUCUGUAAUCUGAAAAAGCCAAAAACAGAAUGGCAUUCGAACUCCGACACAGUGCACAUCAGAUAUGAGAAAGGACGUAUAUUAGGGAGAACUUUUAAUGGAAGAAUAUCUGCACGAGAUGGUUUCCAAGUACUGUAUAGGACAUUUCAUAAAUCAAUGUCUCACCUGAUAGAUUUGCAGAAAACACAUGUCAAAGCUGUAUUAAAAAUUGCCGAACUUGAAAACUACUGGAAUCCAGUAUGGAAAAAUGCAACUCUGUUAGUAUAUCAAGGUUGUUCGAAGAAAUUUGGAAAGUGUUAUGACAUAUAUUCUGGAGCAAUUACAUCAUGGAUACAGGCAGGACAAGAAUGCUGGAUACGCCAUUCAAGACUAGUUUCUACCCAUUCUGAUGAAGAACAAGAGCUGAUCAAAUACAUUUUAAGAAACUUCAGAUUUGUUGACCUAGGAAAAGACACUCUAGAAACAGCCUUUCCUUCCAACAAAACUGAUCCGAACUAUUUUUCUCACAUAGGUUUGUCGCGUGUAACGAGUGAAACUGGGAUGAAACUGCACAUAUGGGAGGACGGUUCUCCAGUCACAUUUUCUGCGUGGAAGGAAGGGGAGCCCUCGACAAAUGGAGACUGCACUCGCAUGAGCUUUCAUCUCUUUAACACAAACAACACCUGGGAAUCCGAAAACUGUGAAACUGGAUUGGCGAAUUAUUUCAUCUGUGAGCACCGCCUUACAGAUGAUAUGUUUAACACUCUCUUCUCGCAUAUGUACAACGGCACUUUAAACGUAACUUUAAGCGGCCUGGAUUGCCAACGGUGGGACGCACAAUACCCGCACAGUCAUAGGUAUAACAAGGACCAUCAGUUUCCGGAACUUAGCGUUAGUGAUGCAGAAAAUUACUGUCGGGACCCUGGUAGGGACGGAUACAUUUGGUGUUACACUACAGAUCCAGUCACACGUUACGAGAAAUGUUCCGAGGUCGAUAGUCCUACAUCUCUGUAUACUGGAAAAUUAAGUAGAACAUCUUCUGGUAGAACAUGCCAACGAUGGGACAGUCAUAUACCUCAUUCACCUUCAUACAAAAUGUUGUCAUUAUUCCCUGAUGAUUCAUUUGAGGAGCUGGCGAACCAUUGUAGGGAUCCGAGUUAUGACGGUAUAUUAUGGUGCUACACGACAGACCCCAAUAGGAGAUGGGAAACAUGCAAUUUAAAAGAUACAGCAGAGGACCGAUGUUACCUCACACAUUCAUCAUACUCAGGCCUAUGGAACAUGACACGAUCUGGGAUAGCGUGCCAGCCAUGGAAGUCUGUCUUACCACAUGAUCAUGAACUAUUUUUAGACUCGCAGUUUCCCGAUGGAUCUGUAGCCGAAGCACAUAAUUACUGCCGUGACCCAUAUAAUGAAGGAUUCUUAUGGUGUUUUACGAUGGACCCUGCAACUAAAUAUGAACCCUGUUCAUUUGAUUAUAAAUAUCAGCUCAAGAACUUUACAAUGGAUUUAGUGAACACAAAUAAGACGGCUUUAUGUAGCAAUGGCGAAGAGAUUUCGUGGGUUCAUUUUUGUGAUGGUAUCCCAAACUGUUCGGACCUCUCGGAUGAAGCAAACUGUACCACUGACGUGCACCAGCUAAUGCUGAACAGGACACUUCCCGAUAAUAUUUUGGAUACAGAAGAGAAAUAUUCACUGUUUCAAUGUGAAAGUAAGGAAUGGGUGUCAAUGUUUGCUAGAUGUGACAGCGUGAUAGAUUGCAUUGACGCCUCUGAUGAAAUGAAUUGUUCUUUAAGUCAAGAGAAAUCCAUAUGUUCCAAAAAUGAAUAUGCAUGUGACGAUAGCGGCUGCAUACAUGUAAGUCAAAUGUGUGACUUUAUAGUAGACUGUAUGGAUGGCUCAGAUGAAAACUGCGAUUUCCCACUGUGCUGGCAAAAGGAAUACCGCUGUCGAAAUCAACAAUGCAUUCCGGGCGAAGACAGAUGCAAUGCCUAUGAAGACUGCUUAGACGGUUCAGAUGAAGAAAACUGCGAUGUGUGUAAGGACAACUCUUUUCAUUGCGAUCUUACAAGAUGUAUUCCAAAGCGACUGGUUUGUGACAAAUAUGUCGACUGUAAAGAUGAAACUGACGAAACAGCAUGUGGUCAACCGCUUCAUUAUUCCUGUGAAGAAUGGUGGAAUGCAGGUUACCGGAAAAAUGGAGUUUACAAAUUAAAUGAAACCGUGGUGGAAUGCAAUUUUGAUGCAGUGAAUAAAGAAGGAACAGUUUAUACAAUAUUUCAUAAUUUCGAAGUAACAUCGACAAAGAAUAUCAACUUGUAUGGUCUGGAACAAAUUCAUUUCGGCGAUAAAGACUCUUUGAACUCGGCCAUAAUUUCUUCACAUUUUCAAAACAAUAGCUACAAUUGUAUCCAAAAUAUUACACAAUCGUGUAUUCCUGCCUAUGAAGCAUUCUCUGAUUAUAGAAACCAUACACUUGGAAAUGCUUCCGACACCUGUGUCUGUGUAACUAUAACAGUUGCUCCUUAUCGCUAUGAUACUGAUAAUAGUUCACUUCAUUUCUGUGGGAAUGAAAGACCGAUGACGGACAAUGAUCACAAUUAUAUGUUAUUCCAAUACUUUGAGGAACAGACACAAUUUCUAGAUUAUGAGGGUGAACGCGGUAUGGAGAUAACAGUUGGACCAAUCGUUUGUUCUAAUGUAGACAGAGCGGUAAUAACAGGGAAACCGUUUGGAAAGAAAAACAAUGCACUCAACGGACAAGUGCGAUGUGUGUUUGACAUUGAUUCUGCGGGUUUCGUGAUAGGUAGUAGGUCUGGACAACAUCUGCAAGAAUGUGAACAUUUCAGCUGUCCGACUAACACUGUUAAAUGUCCAGGCAGCUUUUGCUUGCCAGUGAAGUUUAUAUGUGACGGAAAGAUACAAUGCCCUGGUGGACAGGAUGAGGAAGAAUGUGGCUGCCAAGAUGCAGAUCGUGAAGUUGUCUUUCUCUACGAGGAUUUAAAAAGUAAAGAGGAAACUCAGAAAAUAAAGAAAAUGGCGACACAGUUUUAUACACCUAACAGCAUCGUUAGAGAGCUUCGUUAUAGAGAAACAAUUCGUCCAGAAAAGCUACACUUUGACCAUCGUUUCCUGGAUAUGUCGGAUACAGUGAUUAAUCCAUACAGCUCCACAAAUAGAGAGUUUACUUGCAACUACUCAAUACUGGCAUCACAAUUUGUUAACAGAAUUGAGUUUUCAAAGAAAGACUCAAGAGGAAUUUUAUUUUUCCAAGAGAGAAAUGAGUCAGACGUUCUCACAGAGAUGAUGUUCGCAAAAAUAAAGUCAAGGCCAGAGUUUCUGAUAUACAGAAUUAUACAGGAUCCAUUUUAUGAAAAUUCUAAUUUAAAAUCAUUCCAAGUCGUUACAGAUAUAGUUGUAAAAUCAUGGGAGAAGCUGGCUGCAAUUGGAGCAAAAUACUUUCCAGAACUAUGCAAAGAAGCAAGAACGGUGAUUUGUCCAAAUGAGUAUAAAUGUUCAGCAAGUAAGACGUGUAUUCCAUUGGAGCAAAUAUGCGAUGGACAAACACAGUGUUUGAACGGUGAUGAUGAGCGAUUUUGCCACUAUUCUUGUCCGGAAAAUUGCACAUGCGUAGAGUAUACAACCGACUGUGGUUCUACUGACGUGGACAAUAAAACUUUACCUUAUCUGCACAAUAAUUCCCGCUUGCUUGAAUUGAGCGGAAACACUGGACUGCGAGAAAUACUACUUAGCCCAAUGUCAAAUUUUCCAUACCUUAUAUCUUUAAAUCUUUCAAUGUGUGAGUUAAAGGAGAUGGCAAAAGAUAUUUUUCAGUCAAUGGGUAACUUGAGGAUACUUGACCUCAGCUAUAACAAAUUAACAAUAAUUCCAAGUUCUGCAUUCAUUGGACUUCGAAAGCUGAAAGUGCUGAACUUACUUGGAAAUAAGGACAUAUACAUGUUUCAGCCAUAUUCAUUUAACGGACUAUCCAGUAUAAGAAAGAUUGAAAUAACAAGUGCAAAUAUUCAUAAAAUUUCCUCUCACACUUUCUCUGGUUUAAAUCUUGAUGAACUAAAAUUAUCUGAUAACAAUAUACAUGAACUGGAAGACAACGUAUUUUCAGGUAUGAAUGUGAAAAUCAUUGAUAUGGAAAAUAAUAAAAUAACAAUCUUCAAUAAAGGUUUUUUUCGAGGAGCAUCAGGAAUAACUUCUUUACAUACACCUGCAUUUAAGUACUGCUGUGUUCGUCCUAACUAUUUAGCAGAUACAGACUGUUUCCCUGAAAAAGACGAAUUUUCAUCGUGUGCAGAUCUAUUGCGGGUUUCUGCACUCCAGACAAUGCUAUGGCUUAUUGGAAUUCUCGCACUUGUUGGAAAUAUUUUGUCUGUUAUUUACCGUUUAGUCUACGACAGGGAAAGGCUGAAACUGGGUUUUGGAAUAUUUGUAACAAAUCUUGCUGUGGCAGAUUUCCUUAUGGGAAUUUAUCUAAUAAUCAUCGCUGUAGCAGACGCCGCAUACCGAAAAAGAUACACCUUCAUGGACGACUACUGGAGGAACAGUGGUUGGUGUACUCUAGCAGGAUUUCUAUCCACCGCAUCAUCAGAGGCCAGUGUGUUCUUUCUUUGUCUUAUUACAAUUGACAGGCUUUUGGUAAUUAAAUACCCUUUUGGUCAGAUACGUUUUAACCCGAAAAAUGCUGGGAUUUCUUCGGGCAUUGUCUGGGUGAUUUCAGUGUCCGUUAGCCUGAUACCAAUUUUGUACAAAGACUACUUUCAGGAUAAGUUUUAUUCAAAAUCAGGCGUUUGCAUUGCGCUACCGCUGACCAGAGACCGGCCGCCAGGAUGGCUGUACUCUAUAAUGAUUUUUAUCGGACUGAAUUUCGUAACAUUUUGUUUAAUAGCUAUUGGACAGGUCAUUAUUUAUCGGGAAAUUAAAAAAGCAACAGCAGGCAUAAGACGAUCAUCUACAAGAAAGGGCAAGGGCGGAUCUGGACGACGAAGAGAACUUACAGUUGCAAGAAACCUUUUCCUUGUUGUGACCACUGACUUUCUGUGCUGGUUCCCCAUUGGUUUAAUGGGGAUGAUGGCAAUGUCUGGUUACGUGAUUCCUGGUGAGGUGUAUGCCUGGACAGCCGUGUUUAUACUUCCAAUUAAUUCCGCGCUAAAUCCAGUUCUUUACACGUUAACAGCCUUUCUUGGAAAAAGGGUCAUUGUGCAUUUUAUGGCUGGUGUAAAUCAACUAGUGAUGACCCAACAAAUGAUUUGUAGGAUUCCAGUCUGCACUAAAGCACAAGCACAGCAAGACACACAAAUGAUGACCUCCUCCUACAGAUCGCCAGUUAGGGUCCGGAAAACUCGACCAUUUAAAGGACUGUUUCGAUAUUUCAUCGCAAAAACAGAUGGGUUUGGCCAGACGUUCAUAAGCCUGGACGAUCUAGACAAUAAAGAUAUUACCCUCACGUCUAAGGAUGUUCUAACUUGUGUCCGAAAUCUAUCUCACUGUCUGUGUUUGUUACACAGAAAUUCACUUCUGGUGAAGCUUGAUGGAAGGAGUGUCUAUGUAAGCGUGUCGGAUGGCAAGGUUAUUGGAGACAUACAAAUAAGACAGGAACCGUCAGAGUGCUCAAAUAACGGGAUGAAACAGGAAAACAUGCACCAGCUUGGACAAGUUGUUCGUCGUAUCCUGGUCAUAUCACAGAAAACAAGGAAGCGUCAUGCUGAAUGUAAUGAAAAACAGAGUGUUAGUACUGAAGAGCAUAACUGAUUUCCAAUCUUUUUUUUUGUAUGAUUUUAUUACAUUAACAUUACAUUUCGUACAUUAUCUUACGUUUCUUGAAAAAGUGUUAUAUGAAAUGUUGGAGCUUCAUUUUUAUUAUCUUACAUCCAAGUUAAUGUUAUGAACUGUACAAAAUAAAUGCCUGUACUUCCAUUAAUUUGUCUUCGUGAUAUGAGAAUUGUAUGUGAACAAGGAUACCAAUUACAAUUUAUAUUUCAUGUAAAGCACUUUGGCUUUUUUGUUAAUGCUAACAAAUUUAAAUUGUGUUCUAAUAACGAUGAUACGAGUUUUUAAAAUAUGUUUAAUACUAAGUAUUUCUCAUAAGACGUGACAUCACCAUGUGUGUAAUAUCUUUACUAACAAAACGCUGUUUGGAUACACGUUCUCUCAAAAUAAUGCUUAGACUUGGUACUGAAAUGACG